AUGCUUCAGCCACCGGCCAAGCCCUUACUUCCGGGCAUAGCCGCAGAUAAAAGCAACCAACCAACCAACCAACUACCGCUACCGCUACCAACUUCUACGAACAAUAUCUAA